UUCAUCAUUUAAGCCAUCUUUAUCUUCUCCUCACUGCUUCAUCUCAUUGAUAUGUAGAUAUUUAUAUAUAUAUAUAACAAGAACAUAUAAACACACCCAUGCACUUAAUUGUAUAUUGUUGGCGGCCAUGGAUGAAAUUGAAGUUCCUCAGUAUUUCAUCUGCCCCAUCUCCCUGCAGGUCAUGAAAGAUCCGGUGACAGCCAUAACCGGCAUCACAUACGAUCGGGAGAGCAUCGAGCAUUGGCUAUUCAAGGCCAAGAACACCACUUGUCCUGUCACCAAACAGCGCCUGCCCAGAGACACCGUCGUCACCCCAAACCACAUCCUCCGCCGCAUGAUCCAAACUUGGACAUCCAGCCUCAAUGGCUGUAACAAUAUUACAAGUUCUCGCUCGAAAAUAUUAGUUGAAGGUGACUUGUUGAGUGGUGGCAAUGGAUUGAAGGUCAUCGACAAACAUCCUCUACACAAGGCCCAAGUUUUCGGCCUCAUUGGAGAUCUAUGGUUUCCAAAGCUGCAGAUAAAAACCCUAAGAAGACUAGAAGCCUUGGCUGUUGAUGAGAAUGGAAUUAGGAAUAGAAAGUUAAUGGUCAAAGCUGGUGCCGCAAAGGCUGUGGCUUUCUUUGUUGCAAGACUCUACAAAGCAGGGGAAACUAAGGGUCUGGAGGAAGCACUGAGAAUUCUCUACCUUCUUCAAGUCGAAACAAACCUGAGUCUUCCCGAAACUGAACAGAUUAUCGAUUCAUUGACAUGGGUUUUAGGGCUAGAUAUUGAUGAUUACGAAGCAACGGUUAAAAGCCAUGCAGUUUUGAUACUGAAAACAAUCGUGGAAAAGGCAAGUUCCAGUCUACUAGAGAUGCUAAAACCCGAAUUCUUCCAAAGAAUUCUGAGCGCUUUAAGAAAAAUCUCUCAACAGGCAAUCAAAGCUGCUUGCCAAGUCAUGCUAGACGCUUGUCCGUGGGGGAGAAACCGGAUAAUGAUGGUCGAAUCUGGGGCGGUUUCCGAGCUCAUCGAGCUCGAAUUGGGAUCGCCGGAAAAGAGAACCACCGAGCUAAUCAUGGGAGUACUGUUUCAUCUGUGUUCCUCCGCCGACGGGAGAGCUCAGCUUCUGAGCCACGCCGCCGGAAUUGCGGUGAUCACAAAGAGGAUUCUGAAGGUUUCUCCGGCGGCGGACGAUCGGGCCAUGGCAAUUCUUUCGAUGGUGUGUAAGUUCUCCGGCACAGCUUCGGUUCUUCAGGAGAUGCUGAGACUUGGAACGAUUACAAAGCUUUGCUUGGUGCUUCAAGUUGAAUGUGCCAUGCACUUGAAGGACAAAGCAAAAGAAAUCCUUAGAGCUCAUUCAGUGGCGUGGAAGAACUCUCCUUGCGUUGAAAUUACAACUCUCUUAAGCACGUAUCUUGGGUAAUUAAUUUUGUUUAAUCCAUGUAUACAUAUAUAUAUAUAUGUUAUGUAUCUUAGGUAAUAUUUU